AUGCCAUCUACUUCGAGUGAUGUUCUGGUUGAACGACGACGCCAGCAGAAUAGAGAUGCGCAAAGAAAACGUCGGAAUGCAUUAAAAGCCCAGAUUGUAGAGCUCCAAGCUAGAAAUCUAGAGCUGCAAGCCUUUAAAGAGAAUGCCUUUUCAAUUGCGGCUAACCAACAGACCUUCUUUGGUCAAAGGAACACAUUUACUUCAGAUGUAAGCUGCAGCUUAGGAGGAGGUAGCUUUGAUAGCCCAUGUCACGCAUCGCCGGAUGGUCAGGGUGAGGAUGUGGGUGAAGCAUCAGCAAUGAUACUACGUCCGGAUUAUCCGAAUUUGAAUGCUGCGUUCAUGAGAGGGAUUACCGAGAACCUGCAGCCAAACACACAACUGAUAUCUAGAAGCCAACCGGACAGCAUCCACGGCCACUAUCAUGACGCCGAAGAUACCGUUGCUCAAAAGGUUUCGUCACCACCUGCCUCGGACCCUGUACCUAGAAGCGGUGAAACACCUCUGCCAGCCACGAGCUAUACCGAUGUUACGAGGAGUCCUUUGUCGGGGAAUUAUGAUCUAAGCUUGCAUUUUGGAGACACGUCACUUAGUGACACACUUGAUCUUGCAUCACUUCGCCAACAGUCACCAUCGGAGUCCGGCUCAAGGGCUGGGAUCAUGGAGACUACAGGCAGGCAACGGUCUGGAUCUAGUGGCCCUCGCCCUUGCUUUCGAGACAAGAAGCAGAGCGCCAUGGCUAUAGCGGUAGCCAACCGGCAAGCAGCCGUUGUGCGGCUGCUCCUACGUCAUGGCGUGGAUAUGAAUGCGAGAGAUGAACGGGGACGGACCGCCCUGCACGAUACGGCGGAGACUAAUGACACCGAAAUGAUGCAGUUGCUCUUAGAUUACAAUGCUGACUCGAAUAUUGUUGACAAAUCCGGCAUGAUGCCCAUUGAAAUUGCUGCGUCCCUGGGGAAUAUAGAGGCAGUAGAAGUACUGCUAAGGGAUAAUUCAUAG